CUCUUCCCCUGGAAAGUGAGAGAAACAAGAAACCAACAUAUCAGUCUUAAAAGGCAAGGAAGAAACCAACCCAGAGAAGCAAAAUCUUCGCAUAGAAAUGUUACAAAACCAGAAAGUCUUGCAUUCUUCUUCACAAAUCCUUCCUCCAGCACCAUCAACAAUCACUCCUCAACUCCAGAAUUUUCCUACUUCCACACCUCUUCCCAGCCUUAAACAUAACUGCAAAUUGUCACGCCGGGAGCUUGCAAUUUCUGGCAAUUCGUCUUUGCUUCUUCUUUUGGGCACUCAGAUUCUGGAACCAUUCAACCUGUCCAAGGUGCGAGCUGAAGAAGAGAAUUUGAAUGAUACUAGUCUUGGCUGUACUAACAAAGUUCCAACAAAGAAAGCUUUUCUUGAUGUAUCGAUUGAUGGAAAACCCGUUGGUCGCAUUGUCGUUGGGUUAUAUGGAGAAACCGCUCCGGCAGGAGCUGCAAGGUUUAGUAGUCUUGUUAGCGGAACUGCUGGCAUUAGCUACAGAAGAAAAGAGUUCGUCAAAAUCAUGCCAAAUUAUGUGCAGCAUGGCGGGGUAAGAUCAUAUGGAGUGGACGCUGAGCUAGCGCAGAAAACAGGAAGCAAUCUGGCAAUUGAUAAUCUCAUAGAAGAAUGGGAGAAAGACUAUGUCAAGUGUUCGGGGACUAAGAACUUGGCCGGAACUGUCAGCAUUAUAGUCAGAGACCCUUUGAAGCCGCCUCCAAAGCUGAAGUUAGUCGCCCGGAAAGGCAAGCUGGAGAUUGAUCAAGAGGAGGUUGGUAAGGAUCCAAAUGGGACAGAGUUUGUGAUUUCCACCAAGGAUUCGCCAGAGCUGAAUGUCUCAGCUCUGGUUGUCGGAAAGGUCUUGGAAGGAAUGCAGGUCGUGGAGAAGAUCGGACAGGUUAAGACUGUGCAAGAGAAUACCAGUUCUCCAUAUUUCAGGGUGGCAAAGCUAAUAGGAGACAAAAGGGCUGUUGUGGCAGAAAGAGGCUUCAACCGCCCCUACUCAAAGGUGGUCAUCACAAAUUGUGGCUUGAUGGCAUAACAACAAUUUGCAAU